AUGGUGGGGGUACCACAUAGUUCCGGCUGUGUUCUCUGUCGCGAAAGACACAUCAAGUGCGACGAGGCGGUCCCCGAAUGCACCCAAUGCCAGCGAUAUGGCCGAACCUGUCCAGGAUAUCGUCGCACUUUCCGGUUUCAAGAUGAAGGGCCCAGUCUGGCCCGACGGCAUCGCUCGACUACGCAGAAAAACUCCCUUCAGGCGUCAACGGGGUUGUCAACACCAAGGACGGCCACUUCAGCACCCGUACCGGCCAAACCUGUCAAGUCUGAACGGCCAGACGCCGCGGGCGCUGCAGGCGUAGUACGUGACAAUGCGAUCGCGUUGAUGCGCCGUCACUCGACAGUAGCCCUGGACGAGAACGUAUCACCGUCGCUAGUGCGCAAAUCUUUCCAAGCCGCGCAACCACAGUUAUUCUUGGAUUUCAUCACUGCAUCAUUCCCAACGCACUAUUUCCAUAAUCGCUUUCGCGCGGGCAAUGAUCCCGGAUUCCCAGAGUAUAUCGUCAUGAACUUUGGCAGGGAUACAUAUCUCGACUCUGCAAUCUGCUGCUUAAGCUCCGUCUACCUGGCGCAUCUCACACAGGACCCUAUUCUUUUAAGAACUAGUCGUCGGAUGUAUGGGCUCUCCUUGGGCGAGGUUAUUCGUGCCUUACCGAAAACUGAGCAUGCAAUGUCGGACAAUAUGCUAUGCGCCGUGAUGAUGCUGAGCGUGUAUGAAAUGUACGCCCAGACCAGCCCCGAUGCCUGGGUCGUGCACUCUGACGCUGUCAGACGUCUUAUGAUUAGUCGCGGACCCGAGGCACACAAAACAGGAUUUGGCCGGUCAUGCUGGAUUGCUUUUCGAGGAUUUCAUAUUGCUACCGCCGUGUACCAAGGGAAACCCUGUUUCCUCGAUGGCGAGGAGUGGCAGAGCUUCUCCACGCACAUCAUGUCAGAGGACUGCCAGAAACCCGGCGAGUGGUCUGCCUACGCCGUUAUUUCCGACAAGGCCUUCAUGGAAAUCGCCCGAUGUCCACGAUACAUCAGUGAAACGCGCGAGCUCCUAUCCAGCGAAACGGAUUGCUGGGAAACAGUCGAAUCUCUCAUACAACGCAUCCAGGAUACCUCUCGCCGCUUGCAAGUCCUCACAGCCGAGCUCAGCGCCUGCAUCAACGCUCAUAGCCAGCGCCAACACGGCAUCAUUCGGCGCCCGGGUACAUUCGUCGGCCCCGUGCCCGAAAUAUUCCCGGAAACUGGGCCAUCGCUGCUUCUGCGAGGAUCGGAGAAUGUCCAGGCAACGUUGUGCCAACUAUCAGCCCGUCUGGCAGACAAACUCCGGAUUCGAGUUGUAGAAGAGCUCUCACCAGAGUCACCGGCCAAUUCGCCGGGGAGUGACUGCAGCGCAGACUCGUCUCCCUCAACUACCAGCUCCAAGUCUUUUGCAUUGCCUUUCCGGAUCUACUCCGAGCUUGGUCGUAGCCCUUCUCAGACUUCGGAUCGGAAUGAUCCUCGCGCUGUGAUCUGGUUGGAUCGUGUCGCCUCAUCUAUGGGUGUCUUGGGGAUCAAGGUUAUUCCUGAUGAGUCUACCGUCGAGGAUGAAGAUAGUUCAUCUGAAGCAUCGAGCUCUCGCGAUGUCCAGUGA